AUGAACGCAACCUUCAACUCUGCGCUCAAGCAGAGCACCAACAUCCGCCGCGACCUCGGAAACAUCACGGACCCGACGCCCGCCGCGCUCGGUUCCCUCUCCGCCUCGCUCACGUCCUUCUCGCGCACCAUAGACGAGUACAAUGCGCUCGCCAAGCAGGAGCUGAACCCGGCCAAGCAGGAAAAGGCCUUUGAGCGCAUCCGCAACUUCCGCGAGGAGCUGCACGGCUUCCGCGGCCAGCUCGACAGCCUCAAGGCCGCCCGCGAAGAUGCCGCGCACACCCAGAACCGGUCGGAGCUGCUCGGCCGCCGACCGUUUGUCACCUCGACGCCCGAGAACCCGUACGCCAACGCCGGCGCCGGGGGCGGGCAGCACGGUCACUAUUCAAACCAGCAGCAGCAGCAGCAGCAACAGCAGCAGCAGUCAUCCCUCAGCAUGGGCAGCAGUGACAUGACGCGCGAGGCGCACGCGUUGCGCGAGCAGGACUUCUUCUCGAGCACCAACUCGGCCCUCGACGAGUACAUAGCUAGAGGGCAAGCGGUGCUGGGCGACCUCGGAGCCCAGCGGGAGAUGAUGAAGAACACGCAGAAGCGGUUGUACUCGGUCGCCAACACCCUCGGCGUGUCGGGCGAGACGAUCCGAAUGGUCGAGAGGCGGGCCAGGCAGGACAAGUGGAUCUUUUGGGCCGGCGUGGUGGUCUUUUUGCUCUUUUGCUGGCUUUGCAUUCACUUUUUGCGGUAA